AGGCCCCAGAAUGGAGCCUUGGGGAACCCCGCAUUUCAUUUUGUCCACUCAGAUGUGGACAAAAACAGGAGAUAAUUCAUGUGGGAUUCAAACCAGUUAAGUGCCUUUGGCAGAAAGUCCCACACAGUUGUGGAGGUCGAAUGCAGCACUGAGAUCAAAUUAAACAAAAUUUUGGGGGGUGAAAACUGAGGUGCAACGUUGAGGCUUACGAGCAGCACUUGAAGGCGUCAUGGGCGCGCAGCUGAUAACAGGGACGAGCUGUGGUUGUUGCAACAGCCACUGCCACGUCCGAGGAUCCUCUGCUGCGGCUCUGAGCACCGGGAUGGGCCGGUGCCGGGCGGAGAUGGGGGGAUGACGAGUGGGAGUGACCGAGGAAACACGGAGGAGAGGAGGCAGGAAAGAGGAAACACGUAGAGACGCGACACACCAACAGAAAACAGAGCCUGCGCGCAGCUCCAGCUUCAAGGAGCGUCCGCUGCCUCCCGGAGAAGCCUGACCGCCGGAGAGCUCCAUUGUUCGGACCCACACAAGCUCGAUUCUCCGGGUCCCUCCCGCCCACUCCGGUUCUGGACGAAGGGGGUCACCCAUGCUAAGCGUGUGGAGGAUGGAGGAAUUUGUGACCGAAGAGGAAGAGCCAUGGUACGACCAGCAGGACCUGGAGCAGGACCUCCACUUGGCGGCAGAGCUGGGAAAGACUCUACUGGAGAGGAACAAGGAGCUGGAGGACUCCUUGCAGCAGAUGUACAUCACGAAUGAAGAGCAAGUGCAGGAGAUUGAGUACCUAUCAAAGCAGCUGGAGGUUCUGCGGGACAUGAACGAGCAGCACGCCAAAGUGUACGAGCAGCUGGACGGGACGGCCCGAGAGCUGGAACACACCAACCUCACUCUUGUGACAGACAGCAAGGCCUCGCAGCAGAAGAUCGAGAGAUUAACAGGGACCAUUGAUACUCUGCAGAACCAGGUGGAGUCCCUUUCUGGGCAGGUGGAGCAGCUACGCUCCAUGGAGCAGCUCCGUGUCAGGAGGGAGAAGAGGGAGCGACGCAAGACCAUCCACUCGUUCCCCUGCCUGAGGGAGCUCUGCACAGCACCCAGGUAUGAGGAUGAGUUUGUAGUGGGCAGGGCUGAAAGCUUUACCGUGGAGGCAAAGCGUCCACCAUUUGAAGAGGAGAACCAGCACCUGAGGGAGGCGGUGUCGGCCCUGCGUGCAGCGGUGCGCACUGAGAGGGGGCGGAGAGAGGGCGUGGAGAGGGAGUGCAACCUCCUGGUUUCGGAGUAUUCACGGCUGCAGAUGCGAGUGCAGGACGCUGAGGGCUGCCACGUGAGGGUACGAGAGUUGGAGGUGGAGCUACAGGAGCUGCAGCAGCUACGUCGCGCUCGAACCUUCCUGCUGGGCGGCGAGGAUGACGGCGUGACUCUCACCCAGACUGUCCUCAACAGCACGCCGGAGACUGACACCUUCCUGGAGGUGGAGGUCGCGGAGACGGGGGGAGGGGUGAGGGAGGAGACCGAAGGCGGAGGGGGCGUCGGGGGUGCAACAUUACCUGAGUCCAACCCUGUGAGGAAAAGCUGCAGCGACACAGCGCUCAACGCCAUCGUUGCCCGCGAUGCGUCCGGCCGCAGGAGAGGCAGCUACGCCCUGCAUGCCAACAGCGUGAGGAAGAGAGGGAUGUCCAUCCUCAGGGAGGUGGACGAGCAGUACCACGCAUUACUGGAAAAAUACGAGGAGCUGUUAGGGAAGUGUCGGCGCCACGAGGAGAGCCUGUGUCAUGCCGAGGUUCAGACUUCCCGACCAGUCUCCCGAGACCCAUCCAUGAAAGACUGUGCUAUGGGCCCCAUCCCGGUACCACCGCCAAGCCCUACCCAGUCGCCAUCCACCCCUGAAGCCAUCGAGAGCAUCAGCAAGCAGGUGGAGGCGGUGGAUAAACGACUGGGACAAAACACGCCAGAGUACAAGGCCCUUUUUAAGGAGAUCUUCUCUCGUAUCCAGAAGACCAAGAUGGACAUCAAAGCUACCAAAGCUGUUAAGUCUAGCAAAUCUGGCAAAUCUGGCAAAUCUAGUAAACACUAGCGGUUCAUUGAUUGGUUGAUUAGAGGAAGGUUAUGUGUCUGAGAAUAGGUUUAGUGUAAACAUUCUUAUAGAGGGCGCUAUCGCGGAAACUGCUAAAUUCAAGUACAGUUCACUUUUGCUAAAACCACACUAAUAUGUUUUUGUUUUAAAACGCUUCAACCCUGCCACGGAUAUGCCUGGCGUCCACAAUACUCUGGAGUCUGGAAACGCUGCUUGACCUGUUUUAGUUUGAAAACUCUGGGGCUGUGUUUUAGUCUGGACGGGCAGAAAUGGAGAUGGUUGGAAACAAUGACAUAGAUAUUUACAACUGCUUGCUGAUUGGGUCUUUUUGGUCAUGACUUAGUUUUGUCUAAUUCAUCAGGCUCUAUCACAUGAACUUCCGUUAGAAAACAACUGGCAGUAGCCUCGGUUACCAGUGUAGAACGCAACAUGGAUCAUCAAUUACAAGCGUUGCUGACCCUGCUGUCUUUGCUAACAGCUGUUGUGCAGUUAAAUUCUGUAUUUUACAAUGAUACAACUGUUAUCAUGAGUACGAGACAAGCUAUUAUUACAGCAAUCGGCGACAAUUCCCCUGUCCAGCGGGACGAGCAUGCCUUCCUGUUUGCACCGGCACACAUGCCCAGUGUAUGUGAGUGGUCACAUGAUAUGCGUUUUCAGGCGUGUUGGUAUGGACGAGGAUUAAAACUGAUACAGAGCCAGAACGAUUGUGUGGACAAAGAUCGUUGUAGUUUGAAUUAGUAGGAUGUUGCCUUUAUCUGAGGUCAAACUAGACUGCAUGGCUUUAAUCCCGAAUUGAAACCUUCCAGCAUACACAAGUAUCUGAUUUGCAUGUAAUCAAUUUUAAACCCUGCAGAAUUUAGUCAAAUGCAGCAUAUAAAACAUGAAUGAAUUUGUUAAGGACUAUAGAUCACUCCCCUCAUCAUUUGAUUCAGUGUUUCUACUUCAUAUAUCCUGGCUUCCCUGCCUUAAUACCGUAAAGGCAUAUACUACACCACAAUAACAGCAACCUGUCCGUGAUGCUCACAACUGCACGUAACGCUAAGGCUAAAUGAUAAAAUUGCAUCAGGAACAUGAGUGGAAAUCUAAAAUAAACAUGACAUUUAUCUGGUAGAUUUGUUAUUAUAGUGGACUAACAUUUGUGUGAUUGCAUUAAGAGAGAUAAAGAUUGACCCUCUCACAUAUUGACGCAAAUGAUGCGUCAAUAUGUUUGUGUGUGCGUGUGUCUGUGCCUUUUGUGGAGUAGUAUGACAUUUCGAGAAGUAUUUGAAGGAGUUUAAUGAGAAGAUCAAAACCACUGUCAUGCCUGGCUACAGCUAGUAGCUGAUUUUCCUAGCAUAGCAAAAAGAAUGAAAUCGGGGUGACUCAUGAUUGGUCGAACACAUGUAUUGGCGGGACCUUGCUACAGAGACUCCAUCCUCUUAUGGAUAAUGGGCAGACUCUGGCUGUAAAUGCACAAGAUGGCAGCCUUCAUGUCCGGGAUAUUUUGGCUUCAUUUCUGGAUAGUGGGAGGAAGUGGAGACGCAUUGUCAACCUUUAUAUACAUGUCUCUAUGGUGCUACGCUAACCUGCUGCUGGCUGUAGCGUCAUGUUUAGCAUACAUACAUUAAGUGGUAUCAAUAUUUCCUCAGACACCUCAAACUGUCGGCGAGAAAGCAAAUAAGCAUUUAUCUCAUUUGAAAAUGUUCAACUAUGUUGCUGAGUCAACACUUGGGCGCAUUCUCCUUUAAUUCAAAGACAGCAUUUGAGAUCAAGUGUAAAAAGAGGUUGCUAACUGUGAAGCUUCAGAAAAGGCAGACUGGAAUUUUUGUUUGCUUUUCGAAAUUAUACAUGUCCCUCCACUGUUUUAAAGUCACUUCCGCUCUCUUAUAAGAACUGCAGUAGGUCUUCAUAUAGACCACAAAAAUGCCAUUGGGUCCAAAAUAAACUUGCCCAUUGAAAUUUAAGAAGCAUUGCUGUUUAUUCACUGUACAGAGCAAUAUCUACAGUAUAAGCUUGCAGCUUAUACUGUAGGUCAAACCAGUUGUGUCGGAGUGAUGCUUCCACUAAAUGCUAAAAAGCCGCUGUCGAGUAAAGUUGCCAUGGGCAAUGGACGCAUAUUGUUGUUUUCACCUAGCAGUCUUACCAAACUAUAAAACUAACCUGCAAAUAUAUUGCACCUUUUUUCACAGUAUACAAUACCUAUGCCUUUUUUUCUAGGUAACGUCCUACAGUAUGUAUAAACCUUUGUUAUGAUGAAUGUCACUACAGCUAAUAUUUUAUAUCUGAUCCUUCUGUUAAAUUCAAAAUGUAACGAAGCUUGAAUCCUUUCCAGCGGACACCAGAAGAGGCCCUACAUGUGUGUUUUGAAAAAGCAUGGAUGAUAUUCUGAAACCUGGUAUUGAAGAAACAAGUCUGUUACGUCCUGAUGAAGUGAAGGUUAAUUUAGAGUUUCUGAAAUGUAAUUCCUGUGGAUAUGGUGUACGAAGUGCAUUUGAGGUCAAUGCUCAUGUCUGUUAGGAUGAUGCAAGUUGGGGACGAGGGUGGAACAUGUGUUAGCGUAGACAAACCAGAGCCUGGCUCUCAAGGUUUCUGUACCGUAACGUCUCGCCAGUUUUGACGCCUCAUCUCUUACAUAUUUAGUAUAACUCAUACGAAAUUGUGCCUGUGUAUUUAUUUUUUGUGUGAAUGUUUCUUUUUUUACUUUUUCAGUGCCUAUAUGUGAAUGUCACUAACAUACUGUCUGAAUAAACACAUUUCAUUUGCUUUACUUACCUGUGCAUUAUUAGUUGACAAGAUAUUGUUAUCAAAGAUUACUCUGGUCAUGUCAUUAUUGAACCCACUUUUAAUAAAGCAUUGAUAUAAUGCA